AUGAGUUCGACGAACUUUGCCGCUGCCCAGCAACGGGUUCUUGAACGCCGCCGUCUUCGUGAGGCGGAAGCUCGCGCCAGACUUGCGGAACAACGCCAGGCGUCCCCAAUUAACCACCCCGCCCUUCAACGACUUCCUUAUCCAUUAUGCAGCCUACCGCAGAGUGGUCUAUCGCUAUGGAAUGCAAUCAAGGGUCGCGAGGGUAUAAGGCCCGCCUUUCGUGUCGGGCAAGUUGAUGCCGAAUUGUUGGAUGAGGAAUUGCUGGGGUUGCUUAAAGGACAGGUCGGGGAAGCCUUGAAAUACUUUGGACCUCAAGCACGGGAAGACUGGUCUCAUGAAGUCCAGUUUGCUCUCCGCGCAAUUCUAUUUAAGCUCUCGAUCUGGGAUCACGAUGCUUCCUACGGUGCAGCGUUGCAAAAUUUGCGAUACAUUGAUAGUCGCAGCAAGGGCCCGGUUCACUCCACCCCAACAAAAUUGCAAAAGUCUCUGUAUGGCUUGCUCACCGUUGGCGGUCGCUACGCUUGGGAUAAAUGGGAAAGCUGGCUCGUCAACCAAGAAGGUGGUUACGAAGAACCAUCACAGGAAGUGCGUGUUCUGGCACGCGUAACGGACCUUGUUUCCACAACACACUCAAUCGCAGCUUUUAUCUCCUUCUGUGUAUUCCUAGUCAACGGUCGAUAUCGAACAUUAGUAGACCGAAUCCUUCGUAUUCGUCUUACCCCUCCUUCUGCACAAGCUAGUCGUGAAGUAUCAUUCGAAUACCUGAAUCGGCAGCUUGUAUGGCACGCCUUCACGGAAUUCCUCCUUUUCCUGCUACCACUUGUGGGAAUUAAUCGGUGGCGACGAUGGAUUUCCAGAGUUUGGCGAAAAACAAUGUCGACCCUGAAAUCAAACGGUGAUGAUGUGGAGCAAACCGAGAAACACGGAGAGCUAGCAUUUCUCCCAGAGAGGACCUGUGCAAUAUGCUAUAAAGACAGCAACCCGGCCGCCGCGAUGGAAAAUGAGGCGAUGACUGCAUCGGCUUCGUCCGGAGGUAUAUCAGGAUCCGCCCAGACCGAUAUCACGAACCCCUACGAGACGAUCCCGUGCGGGUGUAUAUACUGUUUUGUGUGUCUCGUCCAGAAGCUGGAAGGGGAAGAAGGCGAAGGCUGGGCUUGCCUCCGUUGUGGAGAACUUGUCAAGAAAUGCAAGCCGUGGAACGGUGAUGUUCUCGAGGAAACUCGGCCACAGUCGAGCUCUGGAAAAGUGGUCGGGUUCGUCAUGCAUGAUGAGACCGAUGCGACCGAUGCCAACGACACUGAGUUGGACAAGGGACGCGGAAGUCCUACUGGAAGGUCAAGCCCAUUGCAGGAGCUGACCCCUGACGAAUCAUUGGAGCACUCAAGCCACUGGUCUUCGGCCGAGAAAGAGUCCACCGAGGAUGAACCUGAGGAAGCACCCAAUGAGACGAUAUGA